AUGUCUGAGACACCUGCAACAUCUCCGUUUACACAAGAGCCAUCUCCAGUUCACACAGAUGCACAAGUGCCGACAAGCUCUGAGGAUGCCACGAUGACAGACGCUCCCCAAGAUGCGACUCAGAAGAACAGCGAUGCUCUCGAUCUAGAGGAUGAAGAAAUGCCCGAAAUAGAUGAUGCUGUGAUGUCGUUGCCGCUCUCAAAAAUUAGAAGAAUCUUCAAGAUGGACCCUGAUUAUUACCUGGCUUCUCAGGGAGCCGUCUUCGCGACUGGAGCUGCUACGGAGUUAUUCGUUCAGCAUUUCAUGGAACACGCUGCAAUGAUGGCUAAGAUGGAAAAAAGAAAGAAGAUUCAGUACAAAGACCUAAGUACAGUGGUAUCCACGCAAGACUCUUUACAUUUUUUGAGUGAUACCGUGCCAAAGACACAACCUGUGGGACAAGCAAUGAAGGAAAGGAAAAUCAACUUACAAGAUGAAGAUCAGAGGAAGCAUGCCGAUCUUCUCGGAACAGAUGACAAUGUUGCAUCUGAAAACGCAGCUGAGCCAGUAGACACAUCCUCUACUGUUUUGACCAAAGGUCAGCAGACCUUGCCCUUCGAACCUGCCAAAAAGCCUGCUACUAUCAAAAAGGCCGUAAUACAUGAUUUGAUGAGUACAGAUGACGAUCAAAACAAUAGUCCAAUUGUUAUUGAAGACUAA